AUUUCUUUGAUUAGGAAAGUGACCCCAAUUUCAGAAUCCCAAGAACCAAGCAUUUCUUCUUUUUCUCUUUGCUUGCCGUUGACUGAUGCACACUAUUUAUUCAGUAAUCAUCUCUCUCUCACUUUUUCUCCUUUUCUCUAACAAAUUCUUUAAAUACAAAAGUAUUUACAGCCAUUUAAUUCAUUCAUGAGCAUUAGGAGGAGAUAAGUGGGUUUUCUUUACUCCAUAGCUCUUCCCUAGGUUGGAUUGUCCAUGUCCAAGUCCCCAACCUUGGAGUUUGCAAUGUCUAAUUUUAUGGAUGAUGGCACUACACCAUAUUUCUCAGCUCUUGAUUCUGAUUUCUCAACUGGUUAUCUGGAAGAUGCUUUGUUUGAAUUUCACCACCCAUCUAAAAGAAGGCGUUUCUUGUUCUUAGCUGAUGAUGACGAUGAUGAUCAUCAAACCAAGAAUUUGAGUGAUCCCAUAAAGAGCUAUUGGAACUGGAAUUACACUCAGAAUUAUUCUGAGAAUUAUGAUUAUCUGAGCCAGAUAACAACCAAUUUGGAUGGCUUUUCAGGUGAAGCCAUGAAUGGAGGAUCAGUGAGCAGAAUGAGUGAGAAUGCAACCAUUUUCAAAGAAAUGAAAACAGCAGAGGAGGGAUUAGGGUCAAUAACAGCUUCUGACACUUCUUGGUCAUCUUCUGAUAGAGACUCAGUUCACACCAAGUCCAUAUCUGACACAGAAACACUAUAUUCCACAGAUCACAUUUCUCCUUCCGGAGUAGUUGAUCAUGGUAGGAGGAAGAAGAAGAUGAUGACAAGGGUGGUGUAUCCAUUUGCCGUGGUGAAGCCGGGAGGGAUCGAAGGCGUCGUGACCUUAAAGGACAUCAAUGAGAGGAUCCUAAUGCCUCCGGUUCGGCCUGUAAGGCACCCGGUCGGGGACUUUGCUUGCCGGCCACUUGUUUCUGCUAAUGGAACAGUAGGUCUGUCCGGCAAGGCCGUGACGGCCAUCACAAGAAUUCAGACACAAGGGAGAGGCACAGUCACAAUUAUCAGAACUCAAGGUUGAGAAUUAUGGUUGUAUACAGGAGAUAGUGAGUUCUUGCUUAAAUUGCUGAUGAAUUUUAGCAUGUUUGAAUUGUAUAGGGACAGAUUAUAAAUGUGUUUCUCUUGUAAUAUAUUCUCUUUUGCACAUCAAUUAUACUUCAUAUUCUUAA